CUGCGGUCCGAGCGAGGAAGCUGCGGAGGAGGUGAAAUGACGGUCGCGGGGGUGCCCAGGAGCCCUGAAAGCCUUAUGCCCUGGACACGGCAAAAUCUGCAGGUUGCAGAAAGUCUCAACUGAUCUCGGCACCCCGAGGUACCGACUUUUAGAGCUGAAGAUGCAAAAAAGAUCGGGACCCUGCGAUGCACAGAACCUGCCUCUCGAAGUGUGUGCGCCCUGCUGCAUUGAUACUCUUAGCCUUUCCUUCCUCGCGGUGUGCCUGUUUGUCUUCCUGUGUUAAACAAUUUGCUACAGGAUCACACAAUUUUAACUAGAAGACUGAGAUGUGAACCUGGGUGGUCUGAUGUGAACACCACUGUCUGAUGGCUGGAAUGAAAGAUAAGGACACAUAUUAUACUGAAUAUAGAAGCAAGAAUCCAUUGAGAUAAAAAGACGAUAAAGGAAAAUAAACUAGUUAUCUUCUGAGGAGCAGGUACAGUUAAAAACGAAAUUAGAACAAAGAAAGUUGUAUAGCAGCACCUUGAAAGGGAGAUGAUUCACUUCAAAGUUCCACUUGACCUGAAUUUGACAUCUUUAAGAGACAACUAAAUCAAGAUCAUGUCUGUGACAUGUAUUGCAUAUGCUAGUUAGCUGCAUCUGAUAGCAGUCUGUAAAAAGAAAGAUGAUGACAUGUUUAUUUUAGACAUUAGGUAAUGUUCAUCUUUCAUGAAAAAAUUGAUUAGCCAAUUUUCGUAAUCAAAACAUAAAUGGGAGUAAAAAAGGCAGUCAUUGGGAAGUACUGCUGUAUGGACUUGUGAAACAACUAGUUGUCCAGAGCCUUGGGGCGGUUACACUACAAGACGAAGAAGGGAAAACGUUUUCCAACUCAUCCCUCAGGUCCUACUGUAACAUAACUUUCUUGAGGUAAGUACCCUUCUUUGUGUUUCCUUAACACUCUCUAUUUUCCCCAUCACAUACACUAAAAAGAUUAUCUUUGGUGCAUCUGUAUUUACACAGCAGUGAUAAAUUUGGGCUGCCCUCUGCCCCGCCUCCGUCCCCCAGGCUCUUUUCACUCCCCGCUGGGUCCCAGAUCCUAGGGUUUAGUUCAGGCCCCGCCCUACUCCCUGGUGGGCUGUUGGGUGGGAGGCUCGUUUCUUCCCUCCCUAUUGGUCGUCCCGGGGGAGGCGCGUUUCCCAUCUCCUGAUAGGUCGCGCCGCGGAGAGUCUCUCGAGUUUGCGGCGCAGUGGUCAUUUCCGCGGUAAGAUGGCUGCAGUCCGUAUGCUGAGAACCUGGAGCAGGAAUGCGGGGAAGCUGAUUUGUGUUCGCUAUUUUCAAACAUGUGGUAAUGUUCAUGUUUUGAAGCCAAAUUAUGUGUGUUUCUUUGGUUAUCCUUCAUUCAAGUAUAGUCAUCCACAUCACUUCCUGAAAACAACUGCUGCUCUCCAUGGACAGGUUGUGCAGUUCAAGCUCUCAGACAUUGGAGAAGGGAUUAGAGAAGUAACUGUUAAAGAAUGGUAUGUAAAAGAAGGAGAUACAGUGUCUCAGUUUGAUAGCAUCUGUGAAGUUCAAAGUGAUAAAGCUUCUGUUACCAUCACUAGUCGUUAUGAUGGAGUCAUUAAAAAACUCUAUUAUAAUCUAGACGAUAUUGCCUAUGUGGGGAAGCCAUUAGUAGACAUAGAAACAGAAGCUUUAAAAGAUUCAGAAGAAGAUGUUGUUGAAACUCCUGCAGUGUCCCAUGAUGAACAUACACACCAAGAGAUAAAGGGCCGAAAAACACUGGCAACUCCUGCAGUUCGCCGUCUGGCAAUGGAAAACAAUAUUAAGCUGAGUGAAGUUGUCGGCUCAGGAAAAGAUGGUAGAAUACUUAAAGAAGAUAUCCUCAACUAUUUGGAGAAGCAGACAGGAGCUAUAUUGCCUCCUUCACCCAAAGUUGAAAUUAUGCCACCUCCACCAAAGCCAAAAGACAUGACUGUUCCUAUACCAGUAUCAAAACCUCCGGUAUUCACAGGCAAAGACAAAACAGAACCCAUAAAAGGCUUUCAAAAAGCAAUGGUCAAGACUAUGUCUGCAGCCCUGAAGAUACCUCAUUUUGGUUAUUGUGAUGAGAUUGACCUUACUGAACUGGUUAAGCUCCGAGAAGAAUUAAAACCCAUUGCAUUUGCUCGUGGAAUUAAACUCUCCUUUAUGCCUUUCUUCUUAAAGGCUGCUUCCUUGGGAUUACUACAGUUUCCUAUCCUUAAUGCUUCUGUGGAUGAAAACUGCCAGAAUAUAACAUAUAAGGCUUCUCAUAACAUUGGGAUAGCAAUGGAUACUGAGCAGGGUUUGAUUGUCCCUAAUGUGAAAAAUGUUCAGAUCUGCUCUAUAUUUGACAUCGCCACUGAACUGAACCGCCUCCAGAAAUUGGGCUCUGUGGGUCAGCUCAGCACCACUGAUCUUACAGGAGGAACAUUUACUCUUUCCAACAUUGGAUCAAUUGGUGGUACCUAUGCCAAACCAGUGAUAAUGCCACCUGAAGUUGCCAUCGGGGCCCUUGGAUCAAUUAAGGCCAUUCCCCGAUUUAACCAGAAAGGAGAAGUAUAUAAGGCACAGAUAAUGAAUGUGAGCUGGUCAGCUGAUCACAGAGUUAUUGAUGGUGCUACAAUGUCACGCUUCUCUAAUUUGUGGAAAUCCUACUUAGAAAACCCAGCUUUUAUGCUACUAGAUCUGAAAUGAAGACCGAUAAGACAUUCUUGAACUUUUUGAGCUUCCAAAGAGUAGGUAAACCCUAGCUGUGUCAGCACAUGUUCAUCUUUACAAUUUGUAUUGUAAAUGAUUUGUAUCAUAUGAUUAAGGAUCUAAGGCACAAUAUUUGUCACUGUUUUAUUAGACUUUUUACUGAAAAUGAAUAAUGGUGUAAUGGUUCUCCUGGGGCUGUCACAUUUUAUAGGUCAGAGUGUGACUUCUUAAUAUGGUGCUGACGUUUUUGUGUCAAUGGCUUGAAACUGGCAAGAUUAACAAAAUUAGGCUGGGCACGGUGGCCCCCACCUGUAAUCCCAGCACUUUGGGAGGCCGAGGUGGGCGGAUCACCUGAGGUUAGAAGUUCAAGACCAGCCUGGCCAACAUGAUGAAACCUGACCUCUACUAAAAAUACAAAAAUUAGCUAGGUGUGGUGGCGGGUACCUGUCUAUAAUCCCAGCUACUCGGGAGGCUGAGGCAGGAGAAUCGCUUGAACCUGGGAAGUGGAGGUUGCAGUGAGCUGAGAUCGUGCCAUUACGCUUCAGCCUGGGUGACAGAGCAAGACUCCAUCUCAAAAACAAAAAAACAAAAUUCAUGUUACUAAAAGACCGGUAGCCAUAUACAGACAGUAUAUGCCCUAUUUUUUUUAACUGACUCUUAAUGAAACUUUUUAAUUAUACUUAAUUAAGAAAUGGAAUUUAUAUACAAAAAUAUUUUCCAUUUCCCUGUUAUCAUGCUAAUUGUUGUAUAAAAUAAGUGCAAUUAUGCUUCUCUUUUGAGAUAUCCAAGAGUAUAUUCUUGCUCUGUACAGAGAAUAUCAUCCGAUGUCUUAUUUAUAUUAAUUAAUGUCUUUGAAAAGGGAAAAGUAUAAACUAGCCUUAAAAAUGUCCAAUUAUAGUUUUAUAACCAGUCUAUUAAAGGUGUUUGUUUAAAAUGGA